AUGUUGAUGUUACACACUAGAUUUCCGUUAAGAAGGUUGGUAAUGAAUCCCUAACGCAAAGGGGACGAAAAAAGAAACGAUAUGCCGGUAAAGCCGCAGCCAAACGCACCUCACAUCUCCUUCUAUAACGCAACACCCUCAUUUCUCAUUUCUCACAUUAGCGACGAAAAACAAGAAGAAGAAAUUGAACUUUGAAAAUCGAUUAAUCGAUUGAAUGAGGAAACUGUGUCCGAAUUUCGACAAGGUGGAUGGAUUGGACACGGUGCUGGAGGUGCCGAUUCCGGAGGACAUGUGGACCAGCAUCGGUAACAACGGCGCUAACCGCUGGCAGAACCUCCGUGCUCUCAUGAGAGCUCAGAUUUCCGCCGAUAACGCCUCUCAUCUCUCCGCCGCAUCUAACCAUGAAUUCGUCGCUUUGUUGAAGCUCGUUGGUUCACCGCUAAUCCCUCUUCACGUUCAAUCCGAUCACACCUUAACUCGCCCCCUCAAAGAUCCUUCCAUUGAAGCUUCGACUGCAAAAUAUAUAGUGCAGCAGUACAUAGCUGCGACAGGGGGAGUGGGUGCAUUGGAUUCACUGAAAAGCAUGUAUGCAGUGGGACAAGUGAGGAUGUUUGGGUCGGAGAUGCGUCCAGGAGAUGAUAGCACUCACCCAAUAGGGAGGGCUGAAGUGGGAGGUUUUGUGCUGUGGCAAAAGAACCCUGAUUUGUGGCACUUUGAAUUGGUUGUCUCUGGUUUCAAGGUUAGUGCAGGAAGCAAUGGAAAAGUAGCCUGGACCCAAUCUUCUUCUCAACCUUGUCAUGCAAACAAAGGCCCUCCUAGGCCUCUUCGCCGCUUCUUUCAGGGGCUGGACCCAAGGUGCACUGCUAACAUGUUCCUAGACGCUGUGUGUGUUGGAGAGAAAACUAUCAACAAAGAAGAUUGUUUUCUCCUCAAGAUAGAGACUGCACAAGACAUCCUCCAAGCUCAAAACACGUCCAACACAGAAAUCAUAAGACACACUGUGUGGGGAUACUUUAGCCAACGCACGGGAUUACUAGUCAAAUUUGAGGACAUAAAAUUGGUAAGAAUGAAGCCUUCUAAGGGAGAUGACUCUGUUUUCUGGGAAACAAGCAUUGAGUCUGUCAUUGAGGACUAUAGGUACAUCGAUGGCAUUAAGAUAGCGCAUGGUGGCAAGACGGUGGCCAUUUUGUAUCGGUACGGCAAGGCGCAUAAUCAAAAGCGGAGAAUUGAGGAGACAUGGAGGAUUGAAGAGGUUGAUUUUAACAUUUGUGGGUUGUCCACGGAUUGCUUCUUGCCUCCUUCUGAGGUCAAGAGGGAGCAGGAUGGUGCAGAGCAAGUAGUAGUGUCAUAGGAAUGAGUUAGGAUUUUCCUUCCUUUUUGUCCUCAUUUUCACUCUCUCAACUUGUCAACGACAACAGAUUUGUGUACAUAUUACAUAGAUAGGCAUAGGUGGGUGUACAAAAUUACAGUAAAUACUAUUCCUGAUGGUCCUUGAUUCAAUCUUUAGCAGGAAGUUUUUUUGGCCUGCAUUGGAAUUUUGACAAUGCAUGUCAGUACUUUGUGAUUGAUCUUAUAAAUGAAUGAAAAAUUUCAAGGAGGA